CGACGCUGCCAGAAAGCAAGCAUGUCGUUCCAGUCUCUGCUCGAGUCGACGACGGUCGCCGUUGCGCCGGACGAAGCGUCGAGCAGCGACUCGCUCUACGACGGCGCGUCGAGUGGCGGCGACGCCUCCGACGACGACGACGAGAACGAGAGCGACGGCAACGAGGCCAGUGGCGCCGAGACGGGCAAGCGGCCGCGGCAGGAAGAUACCUUUGUCGAAGACGAGGACGACUCGGACCUCGAGCGCCAGAUCUGGGGCAAGCGACGGCGCCACAUCCGCGGCCUGCGCAAGCGGCGCAAGGAGAAGAACCUCGUGCCGCCCGAGUUUGCCGAGCUCAUGGGCGAGGCCAACGCCGCGUACAUGUCGGGCGACCUCGACCGCGCGAUCGCGAUGCUAAAGGACUUUAUCAAGAAGGCGCCAACCGUGCCGGACCCGUACCACACGCUCGGCUUGAUCUACGAGAAGCAAGGCGACGUCCAAAAAGCCAUUCAAUUCUACCUCAUCGCGUGCACGCUCACGUCAUCGGACGCUGCGCUCUGGCGACGUGUGGGCGAAAUGGCCAAGGAGAUUGGGAAUCCCGACCAGGCGACCUACUGCUUCAAGAUGGCCUGCCACGCCGACCCGAAGGACGUGGCCACCUUGUAUGCGUACGCCGAGGUGUGCAAGGAGCAGGGCGACAACCGGCGCGCGGCCGAGACGCUCAAGAAGAUUGCGUUGCUGACCCCGGACGACCUCGCGAUCUGGCUCCAAGUGGCCGAGUGUUUUCACUCGAACGGGCAAAAGGUCGAGGCCAUCGACGCGCUCCAACUGUGUAUUCAGCGCUCCGCCCACAACGACGAAGCAGUCCAAUUUGAGCUCCACGCGGUCAACAUGCUCUCGGACCUCUACAUCACGCUCAAGCAGUACCCGGACGCCGUGGCGCUCAUCGAAGCCAUGUUUGAUCGCAAGAAAACGGCCGACGACGAUGAAAUUCAAGAUACGCUGCCCCUCGACAUUGUCGUCAAGUACGGCAUUUGCCAGCUCUUCCUCGGCGACCUCGAACUCGGCGACACCAUGUUCCAAAUCCUGUAUGCACAGGACCUUGCGACGUUUGGGGACCUGCAUAUUGACGUUGCCGAAGCGUACGCGAUUGUGAGCGGCCACGACGCGACCGUCAUCUCGAUCCUCGAGAAGCUCCUUGGUGUCCCAAGCCUCUGCACCGACAAACUGUACAUGCUCUUGGGUCAAGCCUACGAGCGGCAAGGUGCGGCCGACGUGGCGUUGGGCCAUUUUGAAAAGGCGCUCGCGGCCCAAGCGCAGUUUACCGCUGUGGACCCCCACGUCGCGUGGAGUGCGCUCGCGCUUUGCUUGCAGCUCACGCAGAUUGUGCGCGGCCUCGACCUCUUUGAAUUGUACGUCUCGAACGCCGUGCUGCUUCCGCCGAUCCGGCCGCACUGGGUCAACUCGCGGGCGUCGUCGGCCAUGACCAAGCGCGACGACCCGCCGACCGAAGACGGCGCCGACGCCGAGAUGGGCGACGAGGACAUGGACGACGACGACGAGGAUGACGACGACGACAUGGACGACGACGAAGACGACGACGGCGAAGAGAACGACUCGAUGUCGGGCUGGAGCGACCCGGCGUUCUCCGUGGACGCCAUGGAGAACGGCAUUCGUCUCAAAUUGCUGCUGGUGUAUGGUCGUCUCCACCGCGCCAACGGCAACCCCGACAUGCUCUGCAAGGUCGGCAUUCCCGUCAUCAUGCUGUCGCUGCAACAGUCCAAGCGCUUGAUUGGCACGCGCCGUCUCAUGCGCAAGAUGCAGCGGUACUAUGACGACAAGUCCAACCAAGGCGGCGGCGACUCGUCAAAUGCGCCCAUCAACGACAUGCAAGCCAACGUCUGGCUCACGAUGCGGGCGACGUACGUUGUCAACCCCGACGACCCGAUCGCCCGGGACACGCUCAUUGGCAUCGUCCUGCGCGUCGCCCAGCAAAUUCUUGUGCUCAAAGCGCUCUCGAAAGCCGAGCACUACGAGCUCAUCACGGACGUCGGCCAUGCGCUGACAGAGAUUGGGCAACCCGCGUGCGCGAUCGAGCUCCUCACCGAAGUCAACUGCAGCGACAAGGUCUCGGACCCGGCGUUGCGGUUCAAUCUGCGCUUCCAAGCGCUCACGACAGCGCUCGCGUUCAACGAGAACCGCAUGGCGUACGAGUGCGCGCGCCUCAACGUCGUGGAAGACCCGCUCGACGUUGGCUACUGGAGUCUCUUUGGCCACGUCAUUUCGCACACGGGUGUCUUUUCCUGGCACCAGAAGUUCCUCGCCAAGAUCCUUCGCGACCACCCCAAGUGCGUGCCGGCCAUGAUCAUGGCCGGCCAUCGGUCGUCGGCCUACGACUUUUCGUCGCUGGCGGUGGGCGAGCUCACCCUCGCGCACCUCGAGCUCCCGGACGACCCGCUCGUGCUGCUCUGCAUCGGCCUCGCGUACCUCAACUCGUCCAUGCAGCGCACGGUGCAGGACCGGCAGCAGUCGGUGGUCAAAGCCUUUGCGUUCUUCCAGACGUACCACGGGAAGCGCGUCAAGCAACAAGAGCGAUUGCUAGCGCACGGCGGUUUUGGCGUCGACGUUGCCCACGUUGAGGGCUGGUACAACACGGCCCGCGCCUACCACCAGCUCGAUCUCAAUCAUUUGGCGAUCGCCAUGUACGAGCGUGUGCUGCGCUUCCACGACAAACAUCCCGAGAUGCGCGCCGAGUACCGUCUCUGCCGCGAGGCCGCGUACAACUUGUCUCUGGUCUACAAGAAGAGCGGCGCUACGGACCUCGCCCAGUACCUCCUCCACAAGUACUUGGUCAUGGACUAAGUGUAUAAUGACUUUGCACGAGAAGCACAUCCGAG